CCACAAUUGAAACUUCGAUCGCACCACAAGAAUGACCUAGGCACCCACUUCAUCUCUUCUUCCUGGCAAUUUUUCUUCUUUCCCCUUUCCCUUCCUCUUCUCCUCCUUGUCCUCUCUCUGAGCGGCGAUGUGGCAAGGCAUCAAAGCUCGUCUUGGCCGGCGUUCCAAGUCCGGCGAGGACAGCCGCCACCAGGCCCGCAUUGCUCGACAGGCCAAGGAGGCCGAGAAGACGAUUACGAGGAGUGCUUCGCGCGAGCUGCUGGAGUGGGAGCAGAGUCGAGGAUAUCAGCGAACAACUACUUCGCAGCAGCAGCAGCAGCAGCAGGUACUCACGCCACGGGCGACGAGGGAGGGUGCUGCAUCGCCGGCUUCGAGCCAGCGGACCGCUUCGCAACAGAAUCGCCCCUCGAUUUCGCAUCGUCGCUCCAUUUCUACGGCAAAGACGGCCGCUGAGGUCGAGCAGCCUUACCUGCCUCCUGUCGUCUACAACAAGUUCGAAUACGUUCAACCGUCUGCGCCGCAAGAAGCGACACCGCCUCAGUCGGUCGGCGAGCGAGAUCGUCUCCUCUCAGAGAUCGAUGCCAUUCGCAAGAGCAUCGACCAGCUGCGCAGCUCAACGCCCAUCUUGACGCUGGACGUCGAUGAUGACGCUCUGGCCGCACCACAGCGUCCAGGCAUGGCUCGCGCUCAUACAUCGUCGCCCGUAGCACGCCACGCUCCCUGGCUGACCAAGGACAGGUCGCCCCGCCCUUCCUCCGUCUUUGUACCCUCGCCGAGCUCAGCUGGCCCUCUCUCAGCGAGCAAGACGCCAAAUGGAAGCAGGCAGAGGACGAAGAGCGUAGCCGAUCUGUUCGAGGAAGAUGCUCCUCGCCCACCGCAGCCAUUGCAGCGAGGGCCACCUUCCUCGCCCAGCCCUGUGAGGACGACGAUACCGCUACCUGCAGGCUUGCAGCACCUUGAGGAGCAGGGUUCCUUAAUAGCAACUGCAGCCAGUCACACACGCCCUCCUUCGCCGCAACGCCAGCAUACGUCCGUUCAGCAGCCAGAGCGUCGCCGCACCAAGUCAUCAGCUUCGGGCUUGCCCACUCAAUCGUCACAUCCAUCCAUGCCCCGCUCUACAAGCUUUCAUCGUCUCGACGCGCCGGCCAGCUCGGCCAUGUCAAUUGCCCCACCUCUUCCACUCGAUGCACAGGGGAAGAUCGCCGCCAUGAGGGGCAGCUCCCCUACCCCUGGCCAGGCACCACCAGCCGUUCUGUUUCCACAGCCACGCCCCCCAUCACAGCAACGAAGAAUUAUUGACACGCCGCAAGAAGCGCGCGCACGCCUUACCACCGCCAUGGGCCGUUCCCCGCGCCCUGGAGUCGGCCAUGACGCUCCCGUGAAGCGCCAUUCCAUGUAUGCUGGAGGGAGCAAAGCAGGUCUCACGAUGUCAGAGCUACAAGAGAGACAUCAAGCCAAGCUACGUGAGCUGCAAGCACCUGCGAAUGCGAGGGUGCAGGAAGCAUGGAAGUUGAGUGAAGCGAAAGCCGAGUGGGAGGCAAGAAUGAGGAGGGAGAGGAAGGAGCAGGAGGUAAGGGCAGCUCAGGCUGCGCAAAUCAGCACGAGGGCAGCGGACCAAGAGGAAAUCGAUGUGUCGGCCAAUCAUCCUCAGGAGGAGGGCGGAGCGUCUACGCCGCUGCGGAACAGCAUCUACGCCAACCUUCCUGUCGGUAGCAACAAGCGUCAAGAAGGAGCUCAACGUGCCCAUGAGUGGCGGAAAAGCCUCGUCUCCAUCUCGCGACCCGGUGCAGCUCUCGAUAGUGGGCCGGACGAGUUUGGACAGCAUCGCUCUGGGCACCAUCAACGCAGCAAGUCUUCAAUCAGCCUCGCGCCCUCCAGCAAUCAGCAGCAGCAGCAGCAUCCUCAGCCGGCCCAGCAUGCACAACGCCGCCCUGAGGGAGCGAGGCGAGAAGCUGGUGAGAGGACCCAAAGCAUGUUUGGCAGAAUGCCUCUGCGCCACACACCGGAGCAGUCUAGCGUCAUGAUGCCGCCGGAAGAGCUUCAAGGGCAGCCUGAGAGGCAGCAAAGUCAUCUUCGCCAAUUGACCGCUACAGAUUUGAGGAGGAUGAGGGAGGGGGCCGGCAGAAGGCAUACGAUGGUGCUUGCCUAGGGAGGACGACGUUUCGCAAAUGAGCCUCGUGAUGAGGUGGAAAAGGUACGGAAGCGCAACAAAAGGAUCAUCAACAGGAUCAUCAUUACGGACUUAUCGACAUCAGCAUCGCAAUCAGCAACGGACUCGACCCCCUCCCCCUUCCAGAGACCCGCACAAGUAGACAAGCCUUUCACCGUGCCAUACCUACACAUGUUCAUAGCUCUCGUAUCGCUCUCUUCUUUGCCCCAUGAUCAUCGCCUUCUUCGUAAUCGAAUCGUAGCAUGCCUGGUGCAGCAUUCCCUCU